GCAACCAGCAAAGCCCAGAAGAACAAGAAGGAGAGCAGAGCACUCCAACUCCAACCCCAACUCCAACACGACACCGUUUCAUCGGAGCGCCAUGUCUUACGACUACCUCUUCAAGUACAUCAUCAUCGGCGACACAGGUGUCGGGAAAUCGUGCCUGCUUUUGCAAUUCACGGACAAGCGGUUCCAGCCGGUUCAUGAUCUCACCAUCGGCGUCGAGUUCGGAGCUCGCAUGGUCACCAUUGAAACCCGACCCGUCAAGCUCCAGAUUUGGGACACUGCCGGGCAGGAGUCUUUCAGGUCCAUUACUAGAUCCUACUACAGAGGAGCAGCAGGGGCACUGCUGGUUUAUGACAUCACCAGGAGGGAGACGUUUAAUCAUCUGGCGAGCUGGCUGGAGGAUGCCCGGCAGCAUGCAAAUCCUAACAUGACAAUCAUGCUCGUUGGGAACAAAUGUGAUCUUGCUCAUAGAAGGGCUGUCAGCAAAGAGGAAGGGGAGCAAUUUGCCAAGGAGAAUGGACUUUUAUUCUUGGAGGCAUCUGCAAGAACUGCUCAAAAUGUUGAAGAGGCCUUCAUAAAGACUGCCGCAAAGAUUCUUCAGAAUAUCCAGGAUGGUGUGUUUGAUGUAUCUAAUGAGUCAUCUGGUAUCAAGGUUGGAUACGGACGCCCCCAAGGUCCAUCGGGCGCAAGAGAUGGAACUGUUGCUCAAAGAAGCGGAUGUUGCAGCUAACUGGAGAUUCUGUACUCAUUCCUUUGUUCUAGUCACAUGUAUGUCCAGGAUAUGUGCUUUUGAACAUACCUUGUGCCACAUAGGGAAAAGGUUGAAUGUAUAGGUUUAAGCUCUUGGUUAUAUUCUAUUCUGCUUUAUUCGACUCGUUUAGUUCUGAAGUAUGUCUCAACAGGGAUCGACUUUGUACAGUGUUUGUUCAAAGAAAUCCAUUAUUCUAUUGUUCAAGAUCACAAGGAAAUAUAUAUUAUUUUGUUUUAAGAAA